CCAGAAAAGGUGGAGCCCGGCGGGCCUGGGUCCAGACCCGGAGCGCACGAGAUUCGGCGCCACCUCGGCCCACGCUAUGAAUCACCCCAUUCCCCGGUUCUCGGUGCCCGCCGCGCUGGCCCUGGGCUCGGCCGCGCUGGGCGCCGCCUUCGCUACUGGCCUCUUCCUGGGGAGACGGUGGUCCCCAUGGCGCCUCCGGCCACAGCAGCGCCUGCUGCCCCCCGAGGACAGUCCCCUGUGGCAGUAUCUGCUGAGCCGCUCCAUGCGGGAGCACCCGGCGCUGCGGAGCCUCCGGCUGCUGACCCUGGAGCAGCCGCAGGGAGACUCCAUGAUGACCUGUGAGCAGGCCCAACUUUUGGCCAACCUGGCGCGGCUCAUCAAGGCCGAAAAGGCGCUGGACCUGGGCACUUUCACAGGCUACUCCGCCCUGGCGCUGGCCCUGGCGCUGCCCUCGGCCGGCCGCGUGGUGACUUGCGACGUGGACGCGGGGCCCCCGGAGCUGGGGCGGCCCUUGUGGAAGCAGGCCGAGGUGGCGCACAAGAUCGACCUGCGGCUGCAGCCUGCCCUGGACACCCUGGACGAGCUCCUGGCGGCGGGCGAGGCCGGCACCUUCGACGUGGCUGUCGUGGACGCCGACAAGGAGAACUGCGCCGCCUACUACGAGCGGAGCCUGCAGCUGCUGCGCCCCGGAGGCGUCCUCGCCGUCCCUAACGUGCUGUGGCGUGGAGAGGUGCUGCACCCUCGGCAGGGAGACGUGGCAGCUGAAUGCGUGAGAAACCUGAACGAACGCAUCCGACGGGAUGUCAGAGUCCUCGUGAGCCUCCUGCCCCUGGGAGACGGCCUCACGUUGGCCUUUAAGAUCUAGCGCUGGGGCCCGGCGCGGUGGC